AUGGACUCAAAUGGACUUAAAAGACCCGGUGAAGGUGAAUCUCGGAGCUCAGAAACAUUUGAAAAGCGUCUCAAGCCCCAGUCGUAUGACCACAGUGCGCUCAGUGAGCCGGUGUCCACUAUUGAGAUUAUCCCCACCGACAAAUUUAGAAAACAGCAGACCCAGGGCUUCACACCUAAAGGCGCUGUAAAUGGUUCACAACCAGUCAAUCCUACGGCCUUCGAAGAAGAGCUCUCCCACAUGGAUCAUGAACAGGUAGUUGCUCAAGAACAUGGACGGGAAAAUGCGUGGGCCCGUAAGCCUCUACCUCUGGACUUUUCUCCCGAAAAGCACGCAAUUUCCUUUCAGCAGCUGGAUGCAGAGCAAAGCAUUCUACCUGGUGUAAAAGACAACAACACUUCAUACGCCGUGCGAUUUUUUGGUGUUACAAAGGAGGGUCACUCUGUGCUGUGCAAUGUUACGGGGUUCAGACAUUAUCUUUACGUUCCAGCCCCAUCUGGUUUUACCCUGCAAGAUAUCAAGCCCUUCGAAAGCUAUUUGAAUGACGCUUUCGAGGAUGUUGUCGAUGAAAUCGAGAUCGCCAAACGUCAAUCUAUUUGGGGUUAUUCGGGUACAGCAAAGCUGCCAUUUUUGAGAAUAUAUGCAAAGAGUCCUGCUGGAAUAAACAAGAUCAGAACUGGAUUUGAACGUGGGCAUAUUACUUACAAUGAUACUUGGUUUUCAGGUGGGACCACAACUUACGACAAUAUUACUUACACCUUGAGGCUGAUGAUAGAUUGUGGGAUUACAGGCAUGUCCUGGAUUACACUUCCGGAGGGCAAAUAUCAUAUGGUACCAUCCAAAGAAAAGAUCAGUACUUGCCAACUUGAGGUUAGAAUCAAUUAUAGAGAUCUUAUUGCACAUCCUGCUGAAGGCGACUGGUCUAAUACAGCCCCACUUAGGAUACUGUCUUUUGAUAUAGAGUGUGCUGGUAGACCAGGUGUGUUUCCAGAAGCUGAGAUCGAUCCUGUCAUUCAGAUCGCAAAUGUUGUCAGCAUUGCUGGCGCUUCCAAAUCCUUUGUCAGGAAUGUAUUCACGGUUAAUACGUGUUCACCUAUUACAGGCUCUCAAAUAUUUGACCACAAGACAGAAAAUGACAUGCUUAAAAAUUGGCGCAAAUUCGUCGUUGAGGUGGAUCCCGAUCUCAUAAUCGGCUAUAACACAACCAACUUUGAUUUGCCAUACUUACUAGGUCGAGGACGUGCAUUGAAGAUAGAAGAGUUUCCAUAUUUUGGAAGGCUCAAGACCGUGAAGCAAGAAGUGAAAGAUGCCGUCUUUUCUUCCAAAGCUUACGGCACUCGUGAGUCUAAGGUUAUCAACAUCGAUGGUCGGCUGCAGCUUGAUUUACUACAAUUUGUCCAACGUGAAUACAAGCUCAGGUCGUACACUUUAAACGCUGUAUCCGCUCAUUUUCUUGGAGAACAGAAGGAAGAUGUCCACCACAGUAUAAUCAGCACUCUACAAAACGGCGAUUCCGAAACUAGACGACGACUAGCUGUUUACUGUUUGAAAGAUGCAUUUUUGCCAUUGCGAUUAUUAGAAAAACUCAUGGCUUUGGUCAACUACACAGAAAUGGCUCGUGUCACCGGUGUUCCAUUUUCCUACUUGCUUGCCAGGGGUCAACAAAUCAAAGUCGUUUCACAGUUAUUUCGUAAAUGUCUGCAAAUCGAUACAGUCAUACCAAAUAUGCAGUCUCAGGGUUCAGAUGAACAGUAUGAGGGUGCCACUGUUAUAGAACCUAUGAGAGGGUACUAUGAUGUUCCCAUUGCAACACUCGAUUUCAACUCUUUGUAUCCGAGCAUUAUGAUGGCUCACAAUCUUUGUUAUACCACCCUCUGUAACAAGGCUACAGUGGAAAAUUUGAAUCUAAAAAAAGAUGAGGACUAUGUUGUCACACCUAACAAUGACUACUUCGUUACUUCGAAAUUACGCCGAGGGAUUUUACCCGAGAUUUUGCAUGAAUUAAUAGCAGCCCGUAAGAGAGCCAAGAAAGACUUGAAGGAAGAAAAAGACCCAUUCAGAAGAGAUGUUUUGAACGGUCGACAACUAGCAUUGAAAAUUUCGGCCAACUCCGUGUAUGGGUUUACCGGUGCGACCGUUGGUAAAUUGCCAUGCUUGGCAAUUUCAUCUUCUGUGACUUCAUAUGGCCGCACCAUGAUUGAACGCACAAAGAAAGCGGUUGAAGAGCGGUAUUGUAUAAAGAAUGGCUAUAACCAUGAUGCAGUCGUGGUUUAUGGUGAUACUGAUUCUGUCAUGGUGAAGUUCGGUACAGACGACCUAUCACAAGCCAUGAAUCUCGGUGCAGAAGCAGCAGAAUACGUUUCGUCCUUAUUCAAAAAUCCCAUUGCAUUAGAAUUUGAGAAAGCUUACUUUCCUUAUUUGCUGAUCAACAAGAAACGAUAUGCCGGACUCUACUGGACCAGGGCGGACAAAUAUGAUAAGCUCGAUCAAAAAGGCUUAGCAUCUGUUCGCCGAGACUCUUGUCCGCUUGUCUCCAUUGUCAUGAAUAAGGUCUUAAAGAUGAUACUUAUCGAUCGUAACGUUGAUGGUGCCCUUAAUUUUAUCAAGGAAACCAUUGGUGACAUACUUCAUAACAGAGCUGAUAUUUCAAAGCUGAUUAUAUCGAAAACGUUAGCGCCCAACUACACUAAUCCACAGCCACAUGCUGUUCUCGCAGAACGUAUGAUCAAGAGAGAUGGUGUGGGCCCUAAUGUUGGUGACCGUGUUGACUAUGUCGUGAUAGGUGGCAAUGACAAGCUGUACAAUAGGGCAGAAGAUCCUCUCUACGUGUUGGAGCACAACGUUCAGAUUGAUUCUAAGUACUAUUUGACAAACCAACUACAAAACCCCAUCAUUAGCAUUAUCGCCCCUAUCAUUGGGGAAAAGCAUGCCAAUUCAAUGUUUGUGGUUAAAUCAAUUAAAAUUAGCACUGGAAAUACAAAAGGUGGCUUGAUGGGCUUUGUCAAAAAGGUGCAGACCUGUAAAGGGUGUAAGGGUCCUUUACGAAGGGGCGAGGGCCCCUUAUGCUCCAAUUGUGUGGAAAGGUCUGGCGAACUAUACGUGCGGGCUCUUUACGAUGUCAAAGACCUCCAAGAGAAAUUUGCCCGUUUAUGGACUCAAUGUCAACGUUGCUCGGGAAGCUUGCACAACGAAGUUUUGUGCUCUAAUAAAAACUGUGACAUUUUCUACAUGAGGGUCAAAGCCAGAAAGGAACUACAAGAGAAAGUAUCUGAGCUCAGCAAAUGGUAA